GCGACCACUUAGAAAUGAACAGAGCUUGCAGGACCUGAGCCAGAGCUGACACUUGUAUGACACCUGGACUAGGAGCUGGACAAGAAGGACAGACUCUGGAGCACUGAAGGCGGAAAGGCUUUGAAAAACCAAGCCCUUCAGCUGCUUUCGUGGACAGGAGUUCUGAGACCGGGAGCUCUCCUCUGGAGAAGAGCCUGUGGUGAGCAGACCUUAUCAUGGAACUGGAGGACUUUGAUCCUGAAGACAAAGAGAUGCUGAGCUGGGACAUUAACGACAUGAAACUGCCUCAGAAUGUGAAAAAGACUGACUGGUUCCAGGAGUGGCCGGACUCCUACGUGAAACACAUCUACAGCUCGGAUGACAGGAGCGCCCAGCGCCACCUGAGCAGCUGGGCCAUGCGCAACACCAACAACCACAACUCCCGGAUCCUCAAGAAAUCAUGCCUGGGGGUGGUGGUAUGCAGCAGGGACUGUUCCACGGAGGAAGGCCGCAAGAUUUACCUGAGACCUGCCAUCUGUGACAAAGCCAGGCAGAAGCAGCAGAGGAAAAGCUGUCCCAACUGCAAUGGGCCCCUGAAGCUCAUCCCCUGCCGAGGCCACGGCGGCUUCCCAGUCACCAACUUCUGGAGGCACGAUGGACGCUUCAUCUUUUUCCAGUCCAAAGGAGAGCAUGAUCAUCCCAGGCCAGAGACCAAGCUGGAAGCAGAGGCAAGAAGAGCCAUGAAGAAAGUACACAUGGCCUCUGCCUCCAACUCCUUACGGAUGAAAGGGAGACCAGAAACGAAGGCUCUUCCAGGUGAAAUCCCGAGUCAGGGAAGUUUACCUUUAACUUGGUCAUUCCAGGAAGGCGUCCAACUGCCCAGCAGUUACAGCACACCUUUAAUAGCUAACACCCCCCAGCAGAACUCUCUGAAUGAUUGCCUGUCCUUCCCCAAGAGUUACGAUUUGGGGGGAACCACUGAGCUGGAAGAUCCAACUUCCACCUUAGAUUCCAUGAAGCUCUAUGAGAGAUACAAAUUCUCCAGCAGUAGGAUCUACAGCAGUGAAGACCAGUUUCAGCCUCCUGUCCCUGGGGUGUACGGGGAUUAUGAUGAUCUGCAAGCUUGGAAUAAAAAUGCUGCCUUAGGGAGAAAUCCUUCCGAUGAUACUUACUACCCACCCUAUCCUCUGCCUGUGGCCAGCUGGCCCUACGACUACUUUCCCUCCCAGAACUCUUUGGAGCACUUUCCGCAACAGGUUGCACAGGAACCACCUGCAGCCCAACCAGGCUGUCAUCCCUUGUGGUCCAAUCCUGGAGGUGAGCCUUACGAAGAGAAAGUGCCUGUGGAUUUCAGCAGCUAUGUGCCUUCCCUCACGUACCACCCACCUCAGCAGGACCCCUUCCUGCUCACCUACGGCUCUCCUCCUCAGCAGCAAUAUGCACUGCCUAGCAAGAGCAACAAGUGGGACUUUGACGAAGAGAUGACAUGCAUGGGUUUGGAUCACUUCAACAAUGAGAUGCUCCUGAAUCUCUGUUCAUUAAGAUAACUCAAAGCUCCCCUUCCCUCUCUCCCAGUUGUGAUUUGUUAAAGGGCUUGGCAGAAUUUUCUUAGAAGACGGGAUUUCAAAGCAUUAGCCUCAGAGGAAUGUUGGAAUCAAUUGUAACAAGCAGUAGACAAUGUCUCCUCACUCAAGCUGUUGACAACGCCAGUGUGUUUAUCCUCAGUAAGGAAUAGAAAGUCACUGUGCCAGGUGUAAUGGCACAUGCCUCUAAUUUCAGCACUCAUGAGACUGAGGCAGUUGGAUCUUUGUGAGUUCAAGGCCAGCCUAGUCUACAUAGUGAGUUCCAGGAGAGCCAGGACUGUGUAGACACACCCUGUCUCAACACCUGCCCCC